AUGCAUCCUAAAAAGAAGAAGAAAGAGUCUGAUACAGAAUCUGAUGAUGGACAGAUUGAAAGACGUACUAGUGUGAGAUCGGCAGAAUGUGCGUUCAGAAAUAAAGAUAUUGUAGUCAAGAAAUGUCAACGCUAUACACAGAUAUGGUUAAAUACUCAAACAAGACUUAAAAAUGUUCUUAAUCCACAGGUGAUUCAAGAAAUAGUGACGGCAUUAAAUUCAGCUAAAUAUGAUGACAGUAACCUAGUAAUGUUUAGUAGUAUUGGUAAUGUAUUUUGUUCUGGUGUUGAUCUCAACUAUUUAACAACUGGUGAUCCUAAAAUAGCUGCCAGAAAAAUGGUGGAUUCACUCAGGUUUCUAGUGAAGACAUUUAUAACAUUUCCCAAGCCUAUAGUAGCAGUAGUAACAGGAGCUGCUGUAGGGUUAGGUAUGGCUAUAUUACCAUUAUGUGAUAUCACCUAUGCUAGUGAUAAAGCAUUGUUUUAUUUACCAUAUUCUACAUUGUCUCAAACACCAGAAGGUUGUUCAUCUUUUACUCUACCUCAAGUACUAGGACUAGCUAUGGGUAGUGAACUGUUGUUUUGUGGACGUAAAGUAACAGCACUAGAAGCUCAUCAACUAGGACUGGUAUCUCAAGUAUUCUGGCCUACCAGUAUGAUGCAGGAGGUUAUACCUAGAGUUCAACAAAUGGCUCUUUUCUCUGGCAAGGCAUUAGAGACAACCAAAUUACUGAUUCGCUGUCACAAUAGAACGAAGCUAGAAUUAACCAAUGAAACAGAAUGUAACUUAUUAUUAGAAAGAUGGCCGACUGCCGAAUGUCAACGAGCAAUAUUAGCUUAUCUAGAUGAUGAGAAAAAUUUCAUAUAUUAA